UUUGGAUGCCCUGCAGGAGAGCUUUGAGGGUCCGUCCUGUCGGGCCACCAUGGACCAGAUUGGGACCUGCUGGCCACGAAGCAGCGCCGGGGAUCUGGUGGAGAGACCUUGCCCCGAAUUCGUCAACGGAGUCAAGUACAACACCACGCGAAAUGCGUAUCGAGAAUGCAUGGAAAAUGGGACGUGGGCUUUCAAAGUUAAUUACACGCAGUGUGAACCGAUUCUCGACGAAGAGACCAAGCCUGCUCUUCAUUACAAGGUGGCCAUGAUUAUCAACUACCUGGGGCACUGCAUCUCCAUUGGAGCUCUUAUCGUGGCCUUCUUAUUGUUCCUCUGCUUGCGGAGUAUCCGAUGCCUCCGCAACAUUAUCCACUGGAACUUGAUCACAACGUUCAUCCUGAGGAACAUGAUGUGGUUCGUGCUGCAAACCAUUGACCACAAUAUCCAUGAGAGCAAUGAGCUUUGGUGCCGGUGCAUCACAACCAUCUUCAACUACUUCGUGGUGACCAAUUUCUUCUGGAUGUUUGUGGAAGGUUGUUACCUCCACACGGCCAUUGUGAUGACCUACAGCACAGACAAGCUGAGGAAAUGGAUUUUUCUCUUCAUCGGCUGGUGUAUUCCUUGCCCCAUUAUCAUUGCCUGGGCUGUCUGCAAGCUUUAUUAUGAAAAUGAGCAGUGCUGGUUUGGAAAAGAACCGGGGAAAUAUAUAGAUUACAUCUAUCAAGGACCAGUGAUUCUUGUUCUGCUG